UUCUUUCAUAUGUUUGAGUUACUGUGAAAUGACAGUGACCAAAAUCUGCAUUCUAGAUGGUACAGAGUGGAGAAAAGCCUGAGGAACAUUCUGGACCUGUUUCGACUGUGGCUUCCCAGGAGGGACCGUUUUCUGCUGGUGUGUCAGAAACUGAUGCCUUCUUAGGAGGGGGUCUUCAGAAUUGGUGGGAGACAGAGUGAGGCAGAGAAUAAGGGUUUGAGGAUUCUCUACAUGAGGAAGGAGCUAGAAUCAUGCAGGAAACUCCUCAUUCUUCCUGAGCGGCUGAGACACACCCUCUGGGUGGCACACCCCUUGCUGGAGUCUAACUCGGCCCACAAACUCCUGGGAGGAGAGCCAGGGUCCAGCCAAGCCUCCGCUUUGAGGAGUGGAUGCUGUCCUGCCGUGCACCAGCCACCUAGGGAAGAAAUCCUGAAGUCUCAGAGUUGUGUGCAUGUCGGUAACCCGGGGACCGGCUGAGCUCAUGGACCCUGAUCCCGUCGUCGGAGACCCAGUGGCUCACCCUCAGGACCCUCACCACCCGUCCGAGAAGCCUGUCAUUCACUGCCACAAGUGUGGGGAACCGUGCAAGGGCGAAGUGCUGCGGGUCCAGACCAAACAUUUCCACAUCAAAUGUUUCACCUGCAAAGUGUGCGGCUGCGACCUGGCACAGGGCGGCUUCUUCAUAAAGAACGGGGAAUACCUGUGCACGCUGGAUUACCAGAGGAUGUACGGGACGCGCUGCCACGGCUGUGGGGAGUUCGUGGAAGGAGAGGUGGUGACUGCCCUGGGCAAGACCUACCAUCCCAACUGCUUUGCUUGUACCAUCUGCAAGCGCCCCUUCCCACCUGGAGACCGCGUCACGUUCAAUGGGAGAGACUGCCUUUGUCACCUCUGUGCCCAGCCGAUGUCGUCCAGCCCUAAGGAAGCCUCCUGCUCCAGCAACUGUGCUGGCUGCGGAAGAGACAUCAAAAAUGGGCAGGCGCUGCUGGCGCUGGAGAAGCAGUGGCACUUGGGGUGCUUUAAAUGCAAAUCCUGCGGCAAGGUGCUCACAGGGGAGUACAUCAGCAAGGACGGAGCUCCGUACUGCGAGAAGGACUACCAGGGCCUCUUCGGGGUGAAAUGUGAAGCCUGCCAGCAGUUUAUCACAGGCAAAGUCUUGGAGGCAGGUGACAAGCAUUACCACCCCAGCUGUGCACGAUGCAGCAGAUGCAACCAGAUGUUCACAGAAGGAGAGGAAAUGUAUCUUCAAGGUUCCACCGUUUGGCAUCCCGACUGUAAGCAAUCCACCAAGACGGAGGAAAAGCUGCGGCCGCCAAACACUCAGCAUUCUUCCUCCGAUUUCUUUUAUCCCAAAAGUCUGAUCCGACGCACGGGACGGUCUCCGUCACUGCAGCCCACCAGGACUUCCUCGGAAAGCAUUUACUCCAGACCAGGCUCCAGUAUCCCCGGGUCCCCCGGGCACACUAUCUAUGCAAAAGUGGACAACGAAAUCCUGGAUUACAAGGAUUUGGCAGCCAUUCCCAAGGUCAAGGCAAUUUAUGACAUUGAACGCCCAGACCUUAUUACCUAUGAGCCUUUCUACACUUCAGGCUAUGAUGACAAACAGGAGAGACAGAGCCUGGGAGAGUCUCCGAGGACUUUGUCUCCUACCCCAUCAGCAGAAGGGUACCAGGACGUCCGGGACCGGAUGAUCCACCGGUCCACCAGCCAGGGCUCCAUCAACUCCCCCGUGUACAGCCGCCACAGCUACACUCCAACCACAUCCCGCUCUCCGCAGCAUUUUCACAGACCUGGCAAUGAGCCGUCCAGCGGCCGGAACUCCCCUCUCCCCCACCGGCCAGACAGCCGCCCUCUAACUCCAACUUACGUUCAGGCCCCUAAACAUUUCCAUGUUCCAGAUCAAGGGAUCAACAUUUACCGAAAACCACCCAUCUACAAACAGCAUGAUGCAGCUGCCUUGGCAGCCCAGAGCAAGUCUUCCGAAGAUAUCAUCAAGUUUUCCAAGUUCCCAGCAGCCCAGGCUCCAGACCCCACCGAGAUCCCAAAGAUUGAGACGGACCACUGGCCCGGUCCCCCCUCACUUGCCGCCGUAGGGGCUGACACGAGACGCCGGUCUAGCGGCAGAGAGGAAGACGACGAGGAACUUCUGAGACGCCGGCAGCUUCAAGAAGAGCAAUUGAUGAAGCUCAACUCAGGCCUGGGGCAGUUGAUACUGAAAGAAGAGAUGGAGAGGGAGAAGGAGAGAGAGAGCCGGGAGAGGUCAUCCCUGUCAGCCAGUCGCUAUGAUUCGCCCAUCAGCUCAGCGUCGCAUGUACUAUCAUCUAAAACCUCAUCUCUCCCAGGCUAUGGAAGAAAUGGGCUUCACCGGCCCAUUUCUACAGACUUCGCUCAGUACAACAGCUACGGGGACGUCAGUGGGGGCCUGCGAGACUACCAGGUACGGGACCCUGUCUUCCUGGAGUCAGCCACGCCAGCAGAACAGGCGCUUUCCAGCUCAGAUACCCUCCCGGAUGGCCACAUGCCUGGCAUGAGAAUGGACCGAGGAGUGUCUAUGCCCAACAUGUUGGAUCCAAAGAUAUUUCCAUAUGAAAUGCUCAAGGUGACCAACAGAGGGCGCAACAAAAUCCUGAGAGAUGUGGACAGAACGAGGCUGGAGCGCCACCUAGCCCCAGAAGUGUUCUGGGAGAUCUUUGGAAUGUCCAUCCAGGAGUUUGACAAGUUACCUCUUUGGAGACGCAAUGAAAUGAAGAAAAAAGCAAAACUCUUUUAAGUCCCACAUGUAACCAGCAAUCAGAACAAAGGACUAACCAUGGCAGUGACACAUAGGAUGUUGUAUUAAGGCCCAAACCUGAUUGGAGAAUUCGCAAACUACUGUUCCCUCGGCAACAACAAAAAGGGAGAAUUCUGAUUAAAACACCCAUGAGCCAAACAUUGGGCCGACCAAUGGUGACACUUGCCAAGGAGCAAGUAGAAAUGUCUGUGUUCCCACACACGACAGUAGUGUUCACAGGUGACCCUUUACACGUCGCUGGAUGCCCACAACAAGAGCUCCUCCUUUUGCUUCUCUUUAACCGUUGUCCAACGAUAGUGCCGACUGUGUGGACCAGAGCCAGCAAGUGCCCUUAGGAUGCUGCGUGGGAGAAACAGCUGCCGUAACUCCAAAGUAGGAAUAUAUUUAUUACGUAGCAGACUGGCUAACAAGGAAGAGCCCGAGGGACAUGUCCACGUGGUAGCAGCCUUUUGCACACGCCUUUGCUCGCUGGCCCCACAUAGCUCUGUGCUCCCACAGGGUGGGAAUCCCAGCCUGGGAACUCCACGGCUCUAGGGGGCCAAGUAGCAGCUGGAGUUAUUUUUAACGAUCUGCUUUUUCUCUGCUGUUAGCCAGGACCUGGUUCACAAGUCACUUAGCUAUUGUUUUUUCAAAAGGUUUUUCAAGAGAAAAAGAAGGAAAAGCAAAGAAAGGAAAAGCUGCCUUCACUCUUUUCUGCUUUGGAUAAUGCAGUUCACUCUCCACCGCCCCCCGCCCGCCCCCAGGGACCAGAGCUGCCUCUCGUCCCGCUUUACACGGACAGGAAAGGGAAACAAUGGUCUCCAGAUGGGCACAGCAUGCUGUUAGGUGAUUUAUGCCCAGGGGCUGUGGCACUCUUGGCAAAACGUAGUUCUGUGUCCCACCAAUGCAAGUUCCCAUGCUCUGCAUUGCAUCUGGCAUCCUCUGCAUUAAAUCACGCCCAAGCUGGUUUCAGGUUCUUUUUUCAAGAUAUUUUCAGUAGUUGGCUGAGGAAAGGCAUGGUUUUCAGUUUUAAAACUCUGCGACUCCAGGGUAGAUGGCCUGAAAGUGUUUUAAUUUGGCCUUUACUGCUCCUCUCCUUGCCUAGCGUGGCUGGUUCCAUGGUGUGUGUGCGUGUGCACGCGCAUCUGACCUCCUAACUUAGUCUGCAGAUGGCUCCAACCCGGUGGAGCCAGGAGACCAGCUGUUCCUUCGUGUGAAUGGAGCCAGACUAGAGUGCAGUUUUGUUCCUUCGUAUCCAUCAGUUGCCUCUUGCUUCACUCGAUAUUUCUGCUGCCCUCUCCUUGCUGACCUCACCCCAUUGGCAGCCUGUGUGUCCUAGUCCCUGUUUUGCUCUGGCGAAGUGUCAGGGGUGGGGACCACAGUGUGUUCCCCGUGUUUCCCUGCCACCAUCAGCAACAGGGGUCCCCGCACUAGGCUGGUGUGGAGACUUUUUACCAUUGUGGGGUCAAAAAGGACCCUCGAUAUUUUCAUUGGUUGAUGAUUAUUCCCCCAUGCACACGCAGAUCGAGUACCCAUGUCAGAAAAACUGCAGUGAUGGUCAAAAAACUGAGCCCAAAACCUGUUCCCACUAACAAAACUUUGCUUUCCUUGUAUCAUUUGAAUUUGUUUCUGCAGCCAUCCUAGAAGGGAGAAGAGCUUCUUGCCAUGUCAAGUGUAUUGGGAAAUUUAAACUAUGCCAUGCAAAUAUGCCUUGCCCAAAAAUGCCAGUGGCCUGCUGUUUGCAAGCAGAGCGGUGCUGUGCUCUGCAGUGGGGGGCAGUGAGCCCCAGUACAGAGUGGGCUCCCCAACCUGACUCCCCAGCAGAAGGCUCCAGCUGGAGGGAUGGCUGCAGAGGCAACCUGCUUCUCCUAACUGCCAGAUCCAAUACCGGGGCCACGACACUCUACCCGCUUUGUUAAAUGAGGCUCAGCAAGCUUGUUCUUAAAACAUCCAGGCCGCUGCACCAGGGAUCCGUGUUUUCUGCUUGAACCCCGCCCUGCCCUGCACAUAAAAAUUCCAGGUGUGAACACAGUCAGAUGGACAGGGAUUGCUCACUGUAGGGAUGGAAUUAUACACCGGGCAAGCUUCCUUGGUGCAGACACAAGGGCUACGUGUAUAAGCAUUGGGCUUCCUUAUGAUCCCUCCAGCACACUGCUCGUGUGGAAUAAAAGAGGCCCUUACGGUGGCACUAUGACAGUCACUGCUUCCUUUCAGGCCUCUUCCAGAAGAGCCAGGUACCAUCUUGUCUUCCUGCAUGACUUGCGAUGGGACACAAAGGGCGUUUGGAAACUUGUCCAGCUAGCCUCCGCGUCCACAUGGUGGUUAGGGUUCAUUAGGGAAUGUCCGUAACGUGACUCCUUCAAUAACUCGAAACAAACUGCCUGUUCUCUGCAACCUUGGACAGGGAAGCUGGAGAUAAUGGGUAAUACGGUGCAAAAACCAAGUCCUUUCUCUCCGUCCUGUCCUCUGGCCUCUCCCCCUUCUCCCUGUACUGUCGUUGCCAAGCCGAGUCUCCUCUUCGGAGGUGGGACUGGGGCGGCCGGUCCUCUCUCCUCCACCGGGUCAUGUCUGUCAGUCGGCUCCAUUGGCGGAGGCUUCGCUGGAAAAUGUUUAUAAAACUUUCACCUGAUUUCUUUACACUUGAAAGCGAAACACCUUUUUCUAAAGAAUUGCUUCUCAGAUGAUUACAUAAACUAUGUAUAUGCUUUUGCUAGUUUAAAAAACUCAAACCAUUUUGACUGAGUAGGUUUUUCUAAAAAACUCUCCUAAGCAAACUCGGUGGCCGCAACCCCCUGCGUGUUGAAGGCGCAGGGGGCUCCUCCGGGCCCCCGGCCCCCCCCCCCGGGGCUUUCUCUGUGCCUGUCAUGAGUGACGGCGGGAGGAAAUUGGCCUCUGCGUCCCCCGCCCUUCUGCGUCCUCUGAGGCAGCUUCAGUUUUCACGAAUCACUCUUCUCUGUUUCCAGUCACUGUUUAAUCCGUACUUCCUAAGCCGGCCUUGAUUUUAUCUGGUUUUUAAAAAAUUAUUUUUCUUUGACAUACCAAGUGUUUGUCAGUAUGCCCUAAAACUCACUCAUCAGUCCUCUGUUUUGAAGAAUGUUCUAUCCGGGAAAAAAAGGUUAUUUGGGACUUGAGAUUUGCGAUGAUACCACCUCAUAGUGAUGAUGUACGUCAGGGGAAGCACCCACCUGUGUUAUAAUGAAAAGAAUGAGAAACUUCUACUUUGGCAUUUAAAAAAACAAAAACAC